AUGGAGGAUUUAUAUGCUUCCUCUCCGCCUCGCUUCCAAUCCGCCUCACUCCUGUCCGCCUCCUUCCCAUCCGCCUCAUUCCCAUCCGCCUCAUUCCCAUCCGCCUCAUUCCCAACCGCCUCGCGUUGCAUCCGCCUCAUUCCCAUCCGCCUCCUUCCCAUCCGCCUCAUUCCCAUCCGCCUCAUUCCCAUCCGUCUCGCUUCCCAUCCGCCUCACUCCCAUCCGCCUCAUUCCCAACCGCCUCGUGUCGCAUCCGCCUCAUUCCCAUCCGCCUCGCUUCCCGUCCGCCUCGUUCCCAUCCGCUCCAUUCUCAUCCGCCUCAUUCCCAUCCGCCUCUCUUCCCAUCCGCCUCCUUCCAUCCGCCUCCUUCCCAUCCGCCUCUCUUCCCAUCCGCCUCCUUCCAUCCGCCUCCUUCCCAUCUGCCUCCUUCCCAUCCGCCUCCUUCCCAUCCGCCUCAUUCCCAUCGGUCUCGCUUCCCAUCCGCCUCAUUCCCACCCGCCUCAUUCCCAUCCCCCUCAUUCCCAUUCGCCUCAUUCCCAUCCGCCUUAUGGGCGUGGUGGCUCUACAUGCUGCACAAGCCAUGCUGUUUCACGGGGAAGCAGCAGAUGGAGGACGCACUUUGAGGGCGGCAGUGGGAUGAUGCAGAGCAGCGGCGCCUCGCCCUCACAACCCCACAGAGCAGCGGUGCCUUGCCCUCACAACCCCCCAGAGCAAAGGCGCCUCUCCCUCACAGCCCCCCAGAGCAGCGGCGCCUCCUCCUCACAACCCCCCAGAGCAGCGGCGCCUCUCCCUCACAACCCCCCAGAGCAGCGGCGCCUCUCCCUCACAACCCCCCAGAGCAGCGGCGCCCCUCCCUCACAACAGGGGGAGUGCACCCGCUCUCUCCUUCACUCCACCAUGUUAUUCCACCCGUUCUCUCUUGAACUCCUCCAUUUCACUGCACCCUCUGUUUGUUGCUGCUGGCCGCUCUUUCUGUUGCACGGCCUGGUUGCUCUUCGUGCUGCACGUGCCUUGCUGCUCCAAGGGGAGGCAGCAGAGGGAGGAGGCGCAUGGAGGGAUGACUAA